AUGGGAAAGUCCUGGAAGGACACAAGGGGGAGGCUAUAUAACUCCCAUUACAAACCAUUAUGGACACUUGAGCAGAAUCUUGAGAAGCGCCCGGAGGGAAUUCCUAGAGAGCACUGGAAGUGGUACAUUGACUAUCGUAAUGAUCCUGCGACAAAGGCGAAACGCAAGCAAAACAGGCUGAAUCAAAAGAAGCAACUUUACACACACACUGGCGGUUCUAAAAGCUUGGCUAGGGCAAGAGAAGAAGAGUCAGAAAAGCAAGGGAGGAAAGUUGGUAAAGGAGAAAUAUUUAUCCUAAAGCACAAAAGAUCUGAUGGAAGUUAUAUACAUGAAGAAGCUCGGAAGAUUGGUGAAAAAAUACAUGAGAUUGAGCAGCUGGAUGAAUCUACAAGAUUAUUGUCACAAAAUGAUUCACUUGCCCAAGCUCUCAGUAAAGAGCACCCGGGUAGAGUGCGUGGGAUGGGACACGGGCCGACACCAAGUCAACUCUUCCGUCCGAGUUCGCAGCCGCCGGUGGAUAGAGCUCAAGUAGAAGAGACCCAAAGGAUGCUGCGUGAACUACAGGCGGAGGUGACAACCGCAAACUUGAAGUGAAAAGCAAUGGAGGAUGAAUUAGAAGCUGAGAAAACGAAGAGGCAGGCAAUAGAGAGUGUGCUGAGUUAUCUAGUCCAACAGCAUUGUGGGGAGCUGCCUCCGGACAUCGCUGCACGGAUGAAUUGUUUGGACGGACAUGGCAGAAAAUAGAGAUUAGGCUAUAUGUGAUACUCUGUCUUUCAGUAUAUGUUUAGUUU